UUCAAGACCGAGUAUCACCACAAAUCCGGCCGUUCCACCCGCUUUUACUCGUAUGAGGAGUACCGCCGUCCCGUCGAGCAGAUCUUCGAAAAGGACUCGCACCCGUGGCGACCAUUCCACAGCCGCGGCGACUGCGAACUGGCAUCUAUCGUGGUCGACGCUCAGAUGUCCGACUCGUUGGUGAAGCGACUCCUGGACCUCAUCAAGAACGUCUCCAGCGGCGAAGCCUCCAUCACCUUUGGCUCAGUCAAGAACCUUCGGGAUGCCUGCAACACGGCCGCCAGAGAAGUCACUCCCUUCGAACUCCACGAUGUUGUAAUAAACUACAAAGGACAAGACCUCCACCACGACUUUUACGGACGAGAUCUUUUCGAGUGGGCUUUAGACUUGCUCGAUAAUGAGGCAAUCGCGCCUCAUUUUGUCUGGGAUGCCCAACGGAACUACAAAUACAAUGGCUCCGAGUAUGUACGCUUCAUCGACGAACCAUGGACAGCAGACCGCUGGUGGGAAGUCCAGGAAAAGCUCCCAGAACUCGACAAUCAUCCUGCAGCGCCCUUAGCAUUCGUCUUAUACGCUGACAAGACCAGACUCUCAAGUGCUGGCAAUGUUCAAGGCUACCCGGUUGUUGCGAGGUGUGCGAAUCUGCCCGCAGAUAUCCGCAAUGGGCGAGGAUCAGGCGGUGGUUGCGUGGUCGGGUGGCUCCCCAUUUUGGAAGAUAACUCUGAGGAGGACGGAACGCUCGCCUAUACCACGCUGAAGCGCGUACUCUGGCACGAUUCGGUACGGAAACUAUUCGAGAACGCCCAGGACAGCUCAAAAAACGGCUUCUUCUACGAGAAAUGUCACGACGGAGUUCCACGAUGGCUAUAUUUUAUGAUCCUUAUUCUGUCGGCGGACUACGAGGAGCAAACUACUAUGGUUCUCAACCGCGGUGCGGGUGGGAACCAUCCGUGCCCUGUCUGUCUUGUCCCUAAAAACCAGCAACAUGACCUUUUCCAGCGAUUCCCUCAGCGCUCCGAGGUAGAAACGAAGGAUAUCGUGAUAGAGUAUAAUCAACCCGAUGUCAAACCAGCGGACAAGCGACGAUUAGGGGCCCGCCUCGAUGAGCUAAGUGUCAGACCUGUUAAUAAUGCAUUUUGGAUGUUAAACUACUCUGACACGGCUGACACGAUUUCUGUCGAUCAUCUUCACAACUUUCACCACGGCAUAUACGGUAAACAUCAGCAUCCCGAGCUAGUCAAGAUGCUUGAGAACACGCCAAGGUCUCGCGCAGACUUGAGUAAAUUCAACCACCAGUUCUCUCUUCAGCCUCGUUGGCGUGGCUUUGGCCACUUUGAUUCGCCAUCCACAAUGACAUUCAGUGACGGUAAUAAAUUCAGGGAUAUAUCUAAGCAAGUAUUAUUCUGCGCGUAUAAUAUCCUAACGCCUACGUACUCGCCCGAAGGGUAUAAGCUGCUACAGCUUAUUAGCAGCUACCUCGAGCUGGAUGCGUACUUUUCUCUCGAAGUCCACACCACGGAAACAAUCCGAGCUGCCUGGAAGGAGGUGAAUAGGUUUGGUACCCUUUUGAAGGAGUAUAUUGCUGCGGCCCUACUCGCUCAAAGCGAAGGGCGAAACCCGAAGAUCAAGACGAAAUGGGAUUUCCCGAAGAUACACGCUCUGAUCCAUUUCCUGAACGACAUUCUGCAGAAAGGGGGGAGCCGUCACACUUCCACUCGCCCCAACGAAGGCAUGCACGGGCCACUAAAGGACGCAUACGAGAAUCGGUCGAACGGCAAAGAUUUUGCCGAGCAGAUCCUCCGCAUCGACGCACACAGGCUAGCGCUCCUCGUCCUCAGCGAGCGUAUACAUCGGCAAGAUGACAUAAAGCGCUUGGAAGAGCUCCAGGCUCGUGUAGAGCACGAUGACGACGUGACACCACGUGAAAGCACGCUGGACUGGCACGUUUAUCUUGGUUCCCCGCAGCAGCCCAUCGCCCUCCGGGAUGUUGCCGGUAAGUGCGAUCAGGACGCUGCUUUCACCGACUUCGACAGCAAGCUCGAAGACUACAUCAACUUUCAACUUUUUCCAUGCCUCGAUAUCUCCUUGUCGUCGCCCGUAUCUCUCCCAGAAACAUUUCAGAUCACCGAGUACUAUUUCUUCAAAGUCAACUAUGAAUCACACGAAACCUGGACGAUCCGCACGGACUAUUUACGCUGCAACCCCUUGUUUUAUGGCCACCCUCGUUACGACUGCGUCCUUGCCAAACUUGGCCCUGGUGACGCUGGUAUUGCCCGUCUCGUAAAGAUUUUCGACUUCACUAUAGUGUUCGAUGACGCUGGAGAGCCCCGCCCUCAGGUUUUCUCGGCAGCUCUCGUUCAACCUUACACCGCACAGCUCGACUUGCCCGCUAACGUUCAGAAAUCCGACGACGAUCUGCGCUUCACCCGAGUCAAGGCCUGCCCCCGUACCAAUGCGACUAUUAUCUCCCUGGACUCGGUCAUUCGAGGAGCCUUAGUAAGCCCCGACUUUGAUCGCCCUGAUGAACACUUUGUCAAUACCUAUAUCGACGGCGACAUGUUCCUCCGAAUGAAGGGGGACUGGACCUGUGUUCAUCCUUAG